AUGCAUUUCUCUACGCUGACCGCAGCCGUGCUGGUCCUUGCCGGUACAAGCAUCGCCAGUCCCGUUUGGUCGGACGCCCCAGCAGCUCCAACACCACCGGCGCCGCCCAAAGGAGGCCCCGGCGGACCACCCAAGCCUCCUGGCCCUCCAGCACCGCCAGGAGGGGGACCAGGUAAACCACCAGGACCACCAGGGCCACCUCAGCAACCGACCGGCCUCAAUGCUGCGAUUAAGUCUCGUGGCAAGGAAUGGUUCGGAACCGCUCUCACCAUCCGCAACGACACGGCCGAGCGCGCCAUCCUCACGAAUAUCAACGAGAUUGGUUCCGUGACCCCAGAGAACGCUAUGAAGUGGGAGUCGACCGAGCCCAACCGCGGAAACUUCACCUUUGCGGACGCCGACGCGAUCGCUGCUUUCGCUACAGCGAAUGGUAAGGAGAUUCACUGUCACAACUUUGUGUGGCACAGCCAGCUUGCGCCGUGGGUCACUGAAGGCAACUUCGACAACGCUACGCUUAUCCAGAUCAUGAAGGAUCAUAUCUACGCGCUUGGCGGCAGGUAUAAGGACGUCUGCACUCGGUGGGACGUGGUCAAUGAGGCUCUAAACGAGAACGGCACGUAUCGUUCAAGCGUCUGGUACGACACCAUUGGGGAAGCUUUCCUCCCGAUUGCCUUCAGGUUUGCCGCGGAGGCGACUCCAAAGUCGAAGCUGUACUACAACGACUACAACUUAGAAUACGGCCAGAACAAGACUGCUGGCGCAGCACGGAUCGUCGAAUUGAUCAAGUCUUAUGGUGUGCGCAUCGAUGGCGUCGGCUUCCAAGCUCACCUUGCUGCAGAGGCUACGGGUACAGUGCCCGAUGGCCCACCAUCCCACGAUACCUUGGUCGGAAGUCUUGAGACCAUGACCAAUCUGGGCGUGGAUGUUGCGUAUACGGAGUUGGAUCUGAGAGUCAACACGACCGACGCUGAUGGAUUCGAGGCUUCGCCAGCAAGCUUGGAGGCACAGGCUGAUGCUUACUCGACAGUGGUGUCGAGCUGUAUGGAUGUGAAGAGGUGCCGAGGUAUCACGGUCUGGGGCAUCUCUGACAGGUAUUCUUGGAUCCCAGGCGUCUUCCCUGGUGAGGGAGCUGCGCUUCUGUGGGAUGCGGAUUUCCAGAAGAAGGCGGCGUACAAUGCUACGUUGGAGACGAUCUUGAGCUAUCGGCCAUGA